AUGACGCCCAGACUGUCAACAGUGCUGCUUUUCGCCCUCUUGUCUCAGUUGUUUGUGCUGCCAUCUUUAACCAACAGCAAAGGAGACGAUACAUCUGACUCGAAAAAGUACAAGUUCUUGUACUUCGCUUCAAUCGCGGGGGGAAGCCACUACGUGGUCCUGGCCAGAUCGGGUAGGGCACUGGUCCAACAGGGUCACCGUGUUGUAUCCCUUGUUGGCAGCUCCAACUCCAACAGAAGCUGGCAGAGAGACGCCGACGUCUUCUCCUUCGUGGUCUUCAACUCGACCUAUACCAAACAGAACAGGACCGACGUGCUGGACAAUAUAUCCAAAGUGAUCGUGAAGGGACAUCAUAAUCACUUCUUUGGUCCCUUUCUGUAUUCAGCGAAUCUGACGGGCAAGCUGAAUUUUCUAGAUAUGUGGCUUCAGAGUGCGACGACCUUUUGGGAGAUUUAACCGCCAUGAAGCGACUGCGCAAGGAGAAAUUUGACAUGCUUGUCGUAGACGACAUGAUACCAUGCGGACCACUGUUGGCCCAGGCUUUAGAUAUCCCAUUCGUUCAUAGCUCCGUCUUUUUCGUCAUUCCGUCUAAACACGGG